CUUUUUUAUGCAUAAUUCAUUAGGGGAGGCCCACGCUCCACCUUCAUAAGCAGGUGAGGUUCUCUUCCAUGCCAUUUGUCUGCCCAGAGCACUCCUGCCAACACUGACCCUGUGAAGAUAGCAAACAUGACUAGCAUCAAAAAACAAGGAGGCUUCAGCAGCCAAUCAUACAGCGUAGGUCCUUCCAGAGGGUACCCCAGCAUGACGCCGGCCAGGAAGGACCUGCUCAACCCCAUCCACACAAAGGUGGACCUCCUUGACCAGAAUGCGAAGACCAAUGAGAGGGAUCAGAUGGUUGGACUGAAUGAUAAGUUCGUUACAUUUAUUGACAGAGUGCGCAACCUGGAGCAGGAAAACAAAAGGCUUGAGACCAAACUGAAGAUUCUCCUGGAGCAAGAGAGCUACAAGGGCAACAUCGAUGAAAUCGUGGCCGCGUUGAGCACCAACCUGCGCCGACAGAUCCAAAGUCUGGACCUGGACAGACUGAAGCUGGAGGGGGAGUUGGUGCGCAGUCAGGAUGAAGUGGAGCAGACCCGUGAAAAGUUUGAGGAAGAGCUGCAGAAGAAGAUGGACACAGAGAAUGACUUUGUGAUCAACAAGAAGGACGUUGAUGAGGGCUUCCUACAGAAAGUGGAACUGGAAAUGGAGCUCGAGGAGCUGAUGAAUGAACUAGAGUUCCUGAAACUGGCUUACCAAGAGCAUUUCACUCCGUUAGGAACCUUCCUAAGCCAAAGAGACUAUCUGACUAGAGCCAUGGAUUCUUUGUCUCCCGCACCACAGGAAAUCAAAGAGCUGGAAUCAAUGAUCGUCAAAGAGAAGAUCAUGCUGAAGGCCAGCAGCGUUCCUGAUCUGGACUUGGAUGAGAUAGUGGCAGCAGUGAAGAAACAGUACGAAGACAUGGCGGCCCGCAGUCGAGAGGAGGUGGAGCAGUGGAACCAGAAGAAGAUGGAUGUUAUGGCUCUGAAGGCUGGGAAGUUUGAGGAUGACCUACGCGAUAGCAAGAAGGAGAUGUCUGACCUCGUGAGGCAGAUCCAGCGGCUGAAACAUGAGCUGGAAGCCCAGAAGAAGAAGAAAGAGACCUUGGAGCUGGAGAUCACCCAGACUGAGGAGAAGGCUGAGGGUGCUCUAGACGAUGCGCAGGACCACAUUACAAAGCUGCAGGAGGCGAUGCGCAAGGCCAAGCAGGGGAUGGCACGCCAGGUGCGCGAGUACCAGGAGCUCAUGAACCUCAAGCUGGCACUGGACAUCGAGAUCGCCACCUACAGGAAGCUCCUGGAAGGAGAGGAGAUGAGGAUGGAUGGACAUGAGCGUGACGUAGCUAAGCUAACUUCCUUCAGGGAUGUAAUGGAGAGACGUAUUUCUAAAAACAAACCCAAGAAAGGCCUGCUCAUCAAAAUCGAAGUGAAGGACGGCGCAGUGAUCUCCGAAAGCUCUUACUUUGCUGACUCAUAA